AUGGCGAAGUGGUUUUUCACUCUCUUCGUGGUUUUUGCCCUAGCCUCAACUUUUGCUUGUGGCGCAAGAAACGUUCCAGGAGGGCUCUCUGACCAGAAGAACUACCUCGGAUACGGUGGUGGGUAUUCCGGCAUAGGAGACAAUGGUUUACCUUUCGGUGGCGUCGGUGGAGGUGUGUCUGGUCCCGGUGGUAAUCUCGGUUUUGGUGGACUUGGUGGUGCUGGUGGCGGCUUGGGCGGUGGCUUAGGAAAUGGUUUGGGUGGUGGCUUAGGAAAUGGGUUAGGCGGUGGCGUUGGUACCGGAGUCGGUGGAGGAAGUACUGGAGGUGUUCAUUUCCCUUGA